AUGUGUGGAAAGCUUUUCUGCUCUAAUGGAACAGCAGCGCCGCUGUUUGGGACAGGAGUGACAUUGGGUUCAUGCAAAGUCACGAUUUACAGUGACCCCACCAUGGACUAUGGGCAGGUCAAAACCGGGACAAAGUGUGGAGAUGGACAGGUAUGCAGUAACAGCGCAUGUGUGGAGUUGGACGUGGCCUAUGGAGAAAUCAACUGCUCUAUAACCUGCAAAGGAAAUGCGGUGUGUAAUAAUAAGGCAGAAUGUCAGUGUAUUCCUGGCUGGGUCCCACCAGACUGUACAAAUCGCUACACAGACCACAUCAUCUAUACUAACAAUGCAGAACCGGGACUAAGCAGAGAAGCGUAUACGGCCAUGGCAGCUUGUCUGGCUGUGAUUCUCACCGUUUUAGUUGUGGCUGUAACCGUUGCUGCAGUUUGGAGAAUAAAGAUGAGAAAACAAGAGCAAAGCCGACAAAGCCUACCAGAAGCUGGUGGAAACACCAACCAAAGCAAAUCAGACAUAAAGCAAACACCGAAAGUCUUUAUCAUCCCCUAGCAAGACUUGUGCAGUCUUUUCCAGCUCAGUAAACGCCAGCAGGGACAUCUGUAUCAGAAGGCCUGAUUGCUGUAACGCAGUUCUACGUUUAUCACCCUGCAGUGACUCUUCAUGAACACCCCUCGGUCUACUCUGGUAGUAAGACUAGGCUCUGGUGACUGUCAGAAGCAAACA